ACAAUGUUUCAUUGAUGGUAGACGUGCGCCACAAAUAUAUGAUCCAGCUAAUGCAAAGCCGAUGACAACUAAUAAUCUUACAGAGCGAAUGCAUAAAACAGUGGAAGCACGACAUAGUGGAACACAAACAGUCAUUUCUUUUAUUGAACGUUUGUACGAACAUAAACAAUCUCCACCAAAAAAACCUAUUGAUAUCAAACGUCGAAUUAAUCAGGGGCGUCUUUAUGUUCUGCUUGGUCUAGUUAUGCCAAUAAUUGGAUAUGAAAAUUAUAUGUUCGUUGAAAAACGGUGUAAGAAGUUUCAGUCACUAUACAAUCAUUAUUCUAUUACUAUGUCAGUAGAAAUAACAGAAAAAAUUGAUGCAAUGAUUAAUAAGUUACAAGUACAAGAUGUUAAACAAAGUCUAGUAAAGUUUUUUAAAGAUAAGGAGCAUGCAAUUGCUUUAAAAAAAAAGAAUCAUAUUAUUUAUAAUGGAACCAUUGAUGAAGCUUAUCAAGAAAUACUGCGGCUCUUUAAUUAUGUUGAAAAUGAUAUCUUUUUUUCUGCUGAUCAAAAAAUAGCAGCACAGGAUCCAUUCCGUCCAAUAAGCAAUAUGCAAAUUCCCACGACAUUGAAUAAUUUUCAAGAAUCAGCCAGUUCACAAAGUAUUGAUAAUUCAACAACUAGCGAUCAGGUCAAUUCUGCACAAAAUUAUAAUAAUAGUGUGCAUGAUAAUACUUUAGAAAUUGCCGUUAAUAUGCCUCACUCCGUAUGCCGACGUAAUACUACAAGGAUUCAGAAUAAAUGUCGUACUCCUACUAAAGCUCCACAAGCACCGGGUGAUGGAAAAGAAAAUAAUUCAACACUGGCCGUUAAAAGGUCACUUGAAGAGCUAUUUCUUGAAAAAGAAUGUUCCUGGAAUCCCAAAGAAUUUACAAACAUGGCGGUAACAAAGAAGUUAUGUUUGGACAACGAUCCUACAGAAAAUGGAGUAAAACUGUAUAGGUGGAUUAGUAAUCGAAAAAUUCGUGCAAAGGGUGCAAAAAAUGCUAGCAUCUAG